GGCAACAUGUAUUGUUCGACGUCUUCCCAAGGCAGCAACAACUUUGUGGGUUCCAACUUCGAGCGAGUCGGCUAAUAGUUUUCUUUCAUCGUUUCGGCUCAACGUUUAACCGGCAAACUUUGUCGGUAAAACUAACAGCACACGAGGAGGAUUUAGAAAAAGUAUCUGGCCGUUAAAAUUGCGUCGAACGAAGCUUGAACUCCCGCAGGUCAGUGUUGGUGGUUUGUGACCGAGGAGUCUGUCUCCCCACCGGGGCCGGGCUGGAGAUGGGGGAUCCGGAGCCUCCAGAGUUUGGGUCCCUGGAGGAAGAGCUGGAGUACUGGAAGGAACAAGCUGCCAGGCACCAGCAGAGCGCGGAGGAAGCCCAGGAGGAGCUGCAGGAGUUCCAGCAGAUGAGUCGAGACUAUGAGGUGGAGCUGGAGACGGAGCUGAAACAGUGUGAGGCACGAAACCGCGAGCUCCUCGCUGCCAACAACCGCCUCCGCAUGGAGCUGGAAAACUACAAGGAGAAGUACGAGACGCAGCACUCCGAGGCCUACCGACAGAUCUCCAACCUGGAGGGCGACCUGGCCGAGACCACGGCCAUCAGAGACCAGCUUCACAAAUACAUCCGAGAGCUGGAGCAGGCCAACGAUGACCUGGAGAGGACCAAGAGAGCGACCAUCAUGUCACUGGAGGACUUUGAGCAGAGGAUGAACCAGGUUAUAGAGAGGAAUGCCUUCCUGGAGAGCGAGCUGGACGAGAAGGAGAAUCUCUUAGAGUCCGUCCAGAGACUGAAGGACGAGGCCAGAGACCUGAGACAGGAGCUGGCGGUGCAGCAGAAGCAGCAGGUACAAGACAGGAAGCCGUCCCUCAGCAGUUCAACCAAAGAGCCUUCAUCCUCCUCCUCCUCCUCUUCGGCGGGUUUGCCCACCCCACCCCUCACCCCUCAAGACAAAAGAACAGAAGACAAAACCACGUCUUCGUCCUCUAACCAGCCCGUCCCCCCUGCCGCCACGCCCUCCAGACCUCCAGCCGCCGCCGCCGCCGAGUCCUUCACCACGCCAGCGUCCUCCAUCAGCAGAGGUGAAAGCCUCUCGGGGACUCCUCUCACCACGUCGGCGAGGAUCUCGGCUCUGAACAUCGUCGGAGAGCUGCUGAGGAAAGUCGGGAAUCUGGAGUCCAAGCUGGCGUCAUGUCGGGAUUACGUCCACGAGCAGACCGCUAACCGCAGAGGCCACGUGGGUGGACAGGGGGCGGCGGCAGGCCAGAACAGCUCCUCAGACACGCAUCCUACUAACGGCCUCUACAACAAGGGGCUGGUCAAGAGGCUAGACUUCGGAGCCGGACCCAAGCUGCUACUCUGAAGGUGAAAACGCCUCCAACCUCGAUCCUUAACCCUCCUUCCGAGCCGCUCGGUCCUUCCCGUCCGUCCAGUCCGGAUCUCUCACACGUAACGGUACCGAGUCGCACAUCACACAGGUGGUUUCAGACUCCCCCCCCCCCCCCCCCCCCCGCCUCUUCAGGACACCAGCCAUCAUAGAUGAUAUAUCGUACUGUGGAUACUUUGGGAUGUCUGUCAGAGUGUUUUGUUUGUUUAUUAACAGGACUCCUUUCAGCACUUCAGCACUUAGCUUGAACUAACUACUGGCCUCGAGCUGCAUGUCUCGUCAAGAAAAGCAGCAAACACCUCGACUGAAUAUGAUCUGCCAAUCAAGAAAACACUUUUAAACACACCUCUGCAAGCCUUAAUGUUUUUAAUGAAACACUGUUUUUUUUUUUACCACUAUGACAGAUGUUAGAAAAAUUACUUAUCUAGAGCAUAAUGUUGAAUGGAACAAUUUACUAACUACUACUUUUGUAUUUGAAAGAAAAAUUGGCACUUUUUAAAUCCAGACCCAGCCUACACCUUGUGCCCAUCAGCGGUACUGCAUGUACAGCUGCCUUAAUUGAUAUUUUUUUGUAUACAAACGAUGAAUCAAAUGUGAAUGGAUGGUUGUUUGUCGUAACGAAGGCACAGACAUUUAUCACUGCUGAGAUCUUUUGCCUCUUUUUUAGCUGAUAUUUGUGGUUUUACAGAACCAUUUACUGUAUGAUUCACUCUCACUCUGGCAGUUGUUUAUUUUGACUCUGAAUGAGGAAAUUUAGUGUUUGUUUUUUUUAAAGGUGACUACAUGUAGCUGGAUGUAUUGUUGCUUUUCCUCCUGACACAACUGAGUACAGUGCGAGAGGAAGCGUCGCUGCCUCUACGUCGUCCCUGAUGAUAGAAGCAGAAGUUCAACUGGAAGUUUAAAAGCUGCUGUUGGUAUCUGACUGAAUGAACACAUGACCUUUUCCCACAGCGCCACCCUCAGGACAAACUUCACAUUUCUGGCUUCACUACUGUUAAGGCUGUAAGAUGAAUUUAAAGGAAAAAGGAGGCGAUUAUCUAUAUUUUUCAUAUUCAACAAAUCUCACGUGCAG